AUGGCGGACGCCGCCGAGCUCGUGCGCCUCCUCUGUCUCCGGGCCCCGCCACGGCCGUCGCUUCCGCAGUUCUCUGUACAUACACAGCGGCCACAAAGCCUGCUCAGAGCUCCCCCCCGCCUCCGCCCUCCCAUCUGUCUCCGGUGCCGUGCGCUAGACGCCAGUAGGCCGGUUGCGGUGGAGGGGGAGCGGGACGAGGAGGACGGGCUCGAGGACGAGGAGGAGUCCUACUUCUCGGUCACCUCGUCGGGGCUCUCGGAGGUGGACUACCUCGGGGAGAGCACCAGGGGGGAUUUGAACGUGCGGAGGGAGCGCCUCGAGGCGCUUGGUGGGAACGGCAGGCCAACUUUGCAUGGUCCUAUUGAGGAGAUAGCUUGGAAAGAAGCUGGAGAAGCUGAAACAUUGCUUCAUGACUUGGGAAUUGCAGCCCCGUUUUCAGUAAGACACUCUCCUCGCGGAAUUUUCUGCACCAGGACACUAAAUCUUCGAUCUAUCAGUGUGGUUGGCUACGAUAUGGAUUAUACAUUAAUUCAUUACAAUGUGAUGGCCUGGGAAGGACGUGCAUAUGACUAUGGGAUGGACAACCUCAAGAGCAUGGGUUUCCCAGUAGAUGACCUUAAAUUUGACCCUGACCUGGUCAUAGGAGGUCUUGUUAUUGAUAAAGAGAAGGGAAACUUGGUUAAAGCUGAUCGAUUUGGCUAUGUUAAGAGGGCCAUGCAUGGUACCCAGAUGCUUUCCACUCGUGCUGUGAGUGAAAUAUAUGGAAGAGAAUUGGUGGACCUGCGGAAAGAAAGUCGAUGGGAGUUCCUUAACACCCUUUUCUCUGUUUCAGAAGCUGUCAUGUUCAUGCAGAUGGUCGACAAGUUAGAUCAGGGAUUGGUGCCAGCUGAACUUGGGCCAUUGGAUUACAAAGGACUGUACAAUGCUGUUUCCAAAGCACUGUUUCGAGCACAUGUAGAAGGCCAACUUAAGAGAGAAAUAAUGGCUGAGCCUGAGCGGUUUGUAGAGCCUGAUCCAGAACUUCCUUUAGCUCUUCUUGAUCAAAGAGAGGCUGGAAAAAAGUUGCUUCUCAUUACUAAUUCAGAUUACCAUUAUACAAACAAAAUGAUGAAUCAUGCAUUCAAUCGCUUUCUUCCUAAUGAUGUGGGAUGGAGAGAUCUUUUUGAAAUGGUUAUAGUCUCCGCAAGGAAGCCAGAGUUUUUCCAGCUUUCACAUCCAUUAUAUGAGGUUGUAACAGAUGAUGGACUGAUGCGCCCCUGUUUUAAAGUAAAGUCAGGUGGCUUAUAUUCUGGUGGUAGUGCUCAGAUGGUUGAGAAAUCACUAGACAUUCAUGGGGAUGAGAUAUUAUAUGUUGGGGACCAUAUUUACACAGAUGUAAGCCAGUCAAAAGUUCAUUUACGAUGGAGGACAGCAUUAAUCUGCAGAGAACUAGAAGAUGAGUUUGAUGCACUGGUCAAAAGCCAUGAUCAGAAAGAAAAGCUUGUUACACUUAUACAACAAAAAGAAAGUGUGGGGGAUCUUUUUAACCAGCUUCGCCUGGCUCUGCAGAGGCGCUCUAAUUCACGUCCUGCACAGACACUUGCUGCAACUUGUAUGGAUGACCAGGAGCUUACGGAAAGUAUGCAAAAGUUGCUCAUUGUUAUGCAAAGAUUAGAUGAAAAGAUUGGGCCAAUGCUAGAAGCAGAUGGAGAACUUUUCAAUAAAAGAUGGGGUUGGUUGUCACGUGCUGGCCUAUGGGAUAAGAGUCAUCUGACCAGGCAAAUUGAAAAAUAUGCUGAUAUAUACACAUCAAGGGUUUCAAAUUUUCUACACUAUACUCCAUUCAUGUAUUUCCAAUCUCAAGAACAGAUUCAAGAAUGUCAAUUUUCUUUACAAUGA